AUGACCGACACCAUGCGCGGCAGCUACCCCAUCACUGGUGAAGAGCUGCCACUGCCGCCUCUGCUGUCACCACCGCCAUCGCCGUCGCCUCUGCUGCCUCCCACGACCCAAGGCGUUGAGAACAUCGCUGCUGAAGAGAAAUCGUUGCCGCCCACCACCGCAGGCAGCGGUGACAUCGCAGCUGACGAAGAGCCACCGUCCCCCGCUACCUUGGACGGCGGCGAGAUCAGCUAUGUCGAAGAGCUGCUGGCACCCACCAUCUCUGCUGUCAGCUGCAACUACCUCCUUGAAGAGCCGCCACUCCCCACCACCUUGAGUGGCGCUGCUAACACCAUUGCAGAUGAGACACUGCUCCCCACCAUUUUGGGGACCUGUGAUGCAAGUGGUAAUGAAGAGCCGUUGCCUUCCACCGUCAUUGGCAGCGGUGACGCUGAUGCCCCUGUUGACCCACUGCCACCCACCACCCCAGGCAGUGGUAAAAUCCUAGCUGAUUGUGAGCCACCAUCCCCUACUACCUUGGACGGUGGCGAGAUCAGUUAUUUCGAAGAGCUGCUAGCACCCACCAUCUCUGCUGUCAGCUGCAACUACCUCCUUGAAGAGCCGCCACUCCCCACCACCUUGAGUGGCGCUGCUAACACCAUUGCAGAUGAGACACUGCUCCCCACCAUUUUGGGGACCUGUGAUGCAAGUGGUAAUGAAGAGCCGUUGCCUCCCACCGUCAUUGGCAGCGGUGACGCUGAUGCCCCUGUUGACCCACUGCCACCCACCACCCCAGGCAGUGGUAAAAUCCUAGCUGAUUGUGAGCCACCAUCCCCUACUACCUUGGACGGUGGCGAGAUCAGUUAUUUCGAUGAGCUGCUAGCACCCACCAUCUCUGCUGGCAGCUGCAACUACCUCCUUGAAGAGCCGCCACUCCCCACCACCUUGAGUGGCGCUGCUAACAUCAUUGCAGAUGAGACACUGCUCCACACCAUUUUGGGGACCUGUGAUGCAAGUGGUAAUGAAGAGCCGUUGCCUCCCACCGUCAUUGGCAGCGGUGACGCUGAUGCCCUUGUUGACCCACUGCCACCCACCACUCCAGGCAGUGGUAAAAUCCUAGCUGAUUGUGAGCCACCAUCCCCUACUACCUUGGACGGUGGCGAGAUCAGUUAUUUCGAUGAGCUGCUAGCACCCACCAUCUCUGCUGGCAGCUGCAACUAUCUUCCAGAAGAGCCGCCAUCCCCCACCACCUUGUGUGGCACUGCUAACACCGUCGAAGAUGAGACACCUCCCCUCACCGUCUUGGGGAGCUAUGAAACAACUAGUUAUGAAGAGCCGUUGCCUCCCACCGUCAUUGGCAGCGGUGACGCUGAUGCCCCUGUUGACCCACUGCCACCCACCACCCCAGGCAGUGGUAAUAUCCUAGCUGAUUGUGAGCCACCAUCCCCUACUACCUUGGACGGUGGCGAGAUCAGUUAUUUCGAUGAGCUGCUAGCACCCACCAUCUCUGCUGGCAGCUGCAACUACCUCCUUGAAGAGCCGCCGCUCCCGACCACCUUGUGCGGUGCUGCUAACAUCAUUGCAGAUGAGACUCUGCUCCCCACCAUUUUGGGGACCUGUGAUGCAAGUGGUAAUGAAGAGCCGUUGCCUCCCACCGUCAUUGGCAGCGGUGACGCUGAUGCCCCUGUUGACCCACUGCCACCCACCACCCCAGGCAGUGGUAAAAUCCUAGCUGAUUGUGAGCCACCAUCCCCUACUACCUUGGACGGUGGCGAGAUCAGUUAUUUCGAUGAGCUGCUAGCACCCACCAUCUCUGCUGUCAGCUGCAACUAUCUUCCAGAAGAGCCGCCAUCCCCCACCACCUUGUGCGGCACUGCUAACACCGUCGAAGAUGAGACACCUCCCCUCACCGUCUUGGGGAGCUAUGAAACAACUGGUUAUGAAGAGCAGCCGUCCCUCACCAUCUUUGACGGCAGCAAGAUCACCCCUGAAGUAUCUCUGUUGGUGCCUUUAGUCGAUGUUGCACCAUCGCCCCUACAGGGCGUGCUUCUUACUGGCCCUCCCAGAAAGCAGGCCUUCCCUAAACUUUGCACAAAGAAAAAAGCAUCUAAUUCUACUCUUUGUCUUCGUGGGCCGCCUCCUUUUCCGGCCUUUAGGAACAAAAAGUAA